AUGGCAGAGAAGAAAGAAGCACUGGCGCAGGUGUUCCGGGGUUUUCAAGCAACGGAACAGAUCACUUGUAACUCACUACAAUGCCCCCCCUCGACCCGCGCCGCCCGGUCCGCAUACAAGACUUGGUUUUCGGACCCUGCGACGUACCCCAUCAUUGGCAUCAUGGCAUUUGCCGGCUCCAUGGUCACCUUUGAAGGCAUUCGCUAUGUGACGGGGAGCCCAGACGUGGCAUUCAACAAGGAGAAGCGAUCUCAAAUGGACUUGCGAUCAGAGGAAGAUGGAGCGGCCUUCAGAUCGCACCGUAUCACAGCAGCGACGCUCAAGGCCAAUCCCAUUACUCGUGAGGCCGAGUACCAAGAAUUCAAAACGCGCAACCUGUAACUAACUAUACACCGUCCCUGGAUAGAAUGAGUUUAAUGUUAUAUUGUAAAAUUCUCUAUAGACUUCCAGAAUUCGCGUGAUUUGUCUAAUAUUACCAGUAAAUCACGCUGGAGUUCUGAUUCUUGAAUAUAUUUGUCCUUUCUAUAAAAGCCAAUUAAAUCCACUCAAAAUUGGAUUAGGCAAUAGCGUCGAUUCGGGAUUAGAUUAGGCGGCGAGAUUCGAUUCGACGGGGUCUGGAAAUUUGUACCAAAUCCACAAUAGACACCACCCAUUUUUUGUUCACGUGCCGUGUCGGAAUUUAGAUGAUAACCUCAUGCUUAUAACUUUCGUGAUACACCACUAACGUAGCCACGUUUGGUGUCUUCAACGAACGUAUUUCACACAAUAAGCCUUUCAUUCACAUGUCAUCCACACGUCAACCACAAUAUUUUAACAGUAAAAUACUACGAAGCCCACCACACUACAA